GUUGUCACUGUGAUAAUUUGUAGGCUAAGUAAUGGUGUGUUGAAUGCAAUAAUAAGAUGACGCACAAUGUCCCUAAGACACUGCCUCCACUAGGCACCAACAUCACACAACCGUCGCAACCAGCAGCUUCCACUGAACAAUUCAGCAAGCUCCUCGAUGACCCAUUCAAGGUAAAGUUUAAGCGUUUCUUAUACAACAAGCAAACGGGACAAAUUCUUGGAAGAACCUGCAAGAGCUGGGUCUACUUCAUCGCAUAUUCAAUCAUGUACCUUCUAUUCCUCAUGACCUACACACUCGUAAUUCUCUAUACAUCCUUAGAAAUCCUCAAAGUUUUAAUUGACUUCAAGAAUAUUGAUAAAGUUUCAGCACUCGAUUCAGCAUUCUCUUACUCAACACCAAUUGUAGGGCUGACAGCAGCUCCGACAUCCGAACAUAAUUCACCAUUGAUUUGGUAUAAAAAUGGAGAAAGGGAUGACUACAAGAAGUAUGUUGACGCACUUGACAAGUUACUCUCAAAAAGUAGAAGGAAGAGAGAAAUAAGUAAUUUAGGGCCUUGUGGAGAAGCUCCUUAUGGUUAUGGAGAAGAGCCAUGUGUUAUUAUAAGAGUAAAUAGGCGUUUGAACUGGGCUGGUCAGCCCCUGCAGUCUAAUUCUACGAUUGCUAAGAAUGCGCCGGCUGACGUCCAGACUUGGAUGAAGGCAGACAGGACGAAGUUGUGGUUGCGAUGUGAAGGCUACCACUCUUAUGAUAAGGAGCAUAUUGGGAAGAUAAAAUAUUACCCAGAUCCCCCUGGCAUUGAUGCAAAUGUUUUUCCUCUACGUAAAGACGAGAAAUCUCCUUUGAUUGCUAUCCAAAUAUCUAAGUUUACGAUUGGUAUCUCCUUGGCCAUACAAUGCGCGUUGUGGUACGAAGCUGGUCCCUCCACGAUAGGAUUUGUACUUUAUGUCGCUCCAGGAGAAAGGAUACUGUAUAGUGUGAAAGGAUAAUUGUUCAAAUAUAGUGUUGUAUUUAGUUGUAAUAGUUUUUUUAUGAUUAAUGUUAGUUAAUGUUUAGUUUUAUUAAAAUCAUGCA